ACACCAAAUUAAAAUAGAAAAAUAAAGAGAAAAUCAUUCUUCUAUGGCUAACAACAUUUCGAUCAGUCUCCCAAAAUUCAAGCGAACUCUAAUAUCCUUCGCUAACGUAUCUUCACUCUUUAAUUUUUCAUACUCAAAGAUUCAUUUUCAUAACCAAUAUUAUCAUCAAUUCAAGGAAAUCAAAUACACCACAUCAUCAUAUAAUUACCGUCUUUUUUCUCGAAGGAGUUUUAUAGAAGACGAAGAUGAUGAAGACAAUCUUAACUCGAAAAAUUACAACUUCCAAGAAGCUGUGGCACUUUUUAAUAGCAGAGAUUAUUACAGAUGUCACGACGUUCUUGAAACCCUUUGGAACGAAUCCCAAGAACCAAGUCGAACUUUACUUCAUGGAAUUCUUCAAUGUGCUGUGGGAUUCCAUCACCUCUUCAACCAAAAUCACAAAGGAGCAAUGAUGGAAUUGGGAGAAGGGCUAUGUAAGCUUCGAAAAUUCAACUUCGAAAAUGGACCAUUUUAUGAGUUUGAGAAGGAUAUUUCACAAGUUUUGAAUUUCAUCUAUAGAACACAAAUUGAACUUGCUGCUUGUAGUGAUGAUUUUUGUGUUACCAUGGACCAAUCAGAAAGAUCAUAUCAACUUCUUGGUGGCUUCGCGGCAGGACAAAAACAUUAUAGCUUGGCUAGUAAUUGCCAAGAUGAUUAUUACUACCUUGUUUUCUCUUCUGGAAAAGAUCAUGACAACGUAGAACAACAUAGGAUAAAACUUCCUACUAUUGAUGCUUCCGAAGAAAAUCUUAAGGAGUUGGAGUAUAUUUGACGCGUUACUUCACAUUUGAGUAGAGGUAUUUGAUAUUUGCGUUGAGUGAAAAAUAAUAAAUUAUCCAGUGAAAUAGUUGAGGUUCAUGCAAUUGUAUGAUAUAUUACUAGAUGAUUUCUGUUAAAAAAUUUAGUUUUAUAAUUAAACUCUUUGGAUUUGUGAUGCUAGCUAUUGUAUAACACUUCACAUUAGUUUGCCCAUUUGAAACUUGAUUUGAAAUCACGUUGAUUUGACGUGGAAAAUAUUUCACGCUCUUAUCAUUUCAUUUA